CCCCACGAGCAGUUACUGGCUCUGGGAGCGCGAGCCUACCUGACUCUGCUAGAGGUACUACAGCUUCGCGUUGCGGCGUUUGUGCCGCAGCCCGCGCCAAGUGAGGGCUCCCGGCCUCCGGCUUCGGCGCCCGGCGCGUGUUGGCAGGCUCGAGGCUCGCGCCACUGACGCGGGUUGGGCCGGCGGGCGGUUAGCGCCCCGUUCGACGCCGGGAGCUCCGCGGCCUGAGCCGACGCGGGCGGCCGGGCUCUCGGGUUCUCUUCCCCAGGCCGGAGCCAGUCAGUGUCCCGGCGGAGAAACGGGCAGCCGGGCUCCCUGGCCCCGGGCCGUCCCCGGCUGGGGCGGCUGGGGCAGGGGGACGAUGUCUGCUCGCGCCCGGGUGCCCGCCGCUCACCCUCCGGAGGAGCGGCCCGCGGUACCAGCUGAGAGGGAGUCGCUGUCGGCCGCGGCGAGCCGGCAAGCCGGGAAGCUGCCCCCGCCCGAACGGGAGGGCAAGGAGGCGGCGAGGGAGGAGAGGAACGCGCUCGCCACCCGCACGGGGGCGCGGGGAGAGCCUUUGCCGGCGCCCGUGCUGGGACACAGCGUGCCUCAGGCGGCCGUGUCCGUGAAGCCCCUGGCGCUGCACCUGGCGCACAAGGCGCGCGGGCCGGGGGGGCCCUUCGGCUGGGAGCCGCCGCCACCGCUGCCUCGGGACCCGCCGGCCGAGGACGCCCGGGAGGAGGAGGCGGAGGCGGCAGGCUCUGAGGAAAAGCUGCCGCCGUCGCCGCCGCCGCUGCCGCGGAAGGAGAAUCCCUGGACCAAAAAGCCUCCCCAGCACCUGUCCCCCGCCGGGACGGGGCCGCCGCCGCUGCCCCUACUGGAAACCCUGGAGGCAGAGCUCAGUUCCCCCCAGAUUAUAAAAGCAGGAAAACUCAAGACAAAGAAAUCCAACAAGGCUAGUGAUUUCAGCGAUAUGUCGAACUGGCCAACACCUAGUGAAUUAGUGAACACUGAAUGUCAGAGUGUCAUCAGCCUAGGAAAUAAGAAGCCACAAAACAGAAAAGAAAGAGAAGACAAGGUUGAAAAGAGAAGUAACAGUGAAAGCAAAGAAAGCCGGGAAACAAAAUUAGAUGGUCCUGGUGAAAAUGUCAGUGAGGAUGAGGCUCAGUCAAGUAAUCAACGAAAGAAAGCUAAUAAGCACAAGUGGGUACCACUCCACCUAGAUGAUGUAAGACCAGACAGUCAAGAAAGACCAGGGUCCCGGAAUAGCUCAAGAUGUCAACCUGAAGCAAAUAAAUCACAUAACAAUAGGAGAAAUGACACACGAACAUUAUACAAAAGUUCUGUCUUGGUCAACAUUUGCUAUUGGGAAUUCCCUGGCGGUCCAGUGGUUGGGACUCUGUGCUUCCACUGCAGGACUGCAGAGGGUACAGGUUGGAGGCGUGAAAGAGAAAAGAGAGAUGAUCAAGAUGAAGUUUCCAGUGUGAGAAGUGAGGGUGGUAAUAUCCGAGGUACCUUUAGAGGCCGAGGAAGAGGCCGAGGACGGGGAAGAGGACGAGGCAGAGGAAAUCCUCGAUUGAACUUUGAUUAUUCAUAUGGUUAUCAAGAACAUGGUGAAAGGACUGGUCAACCAUUUCAAACAGAACUUAAUACCAGUAUGAUGUAUUACUAUGAUGAUGGUACAGGCGUACAGGUGUAUCCUGUGGAAGAAGCAUUGCUUAAAGAGUAUAUUAAACGCCAAAUUGAAUAUUACUUCAGUAUAGAAAACUUGGAACGGGACUUCUUUCUUAGGAGAAAGAUGGAUGAGCAAGGUUUCUUGCCUAUUUCCCUGAUUGCUGGUUUCCACCGUGUUCAGGCCCUCACUACAAACCUUAAUCUCAUUUUAGAGGCACUGAAAGAUAGCACAGAAGUGGAAAUUGUGGAUGAGAAAAUGAGAAAAAAGAUAGAACCAGAAAAAUGGCCAAUUCCGGGCCCUCCUCCACGUAGUAGUGUGCCACAAACAGACUUCUCUCAACUGAUUGAUUGCCCAGAGUUUGUACCAGGCCAAGCCUUUGGUUCACAUACAGAGUCUGCCCCAAAUUCUCCAAGAAUUGGAAGUCCACUGAGCCCAAAGAAAAACACUGAAACAAGUAAUCUUCAAGCAGUGUCUAGAGGUUUGUCUGCCAGUUUGCCCGACUUGGACUCAGAACCUUGGAUAGAAGUAAAAAAGAGACAUUGUCCAUCCCCAGUGAAACUGAAGGAAUCACCACCUCUACCUGAAGAGGCAUCAAAUCAACCAUAUCUUCCAGAUGAACAAGAACAAGAAGAACUUGAUUUUUUAUUUGAUGAAGAGAUGGAACAAAUAGAAGGGCGAAAAAACACAUUUACUGAUUGGUCUGAUAAUGAUUCAGAUUAUGAAAUUGAUGACCAGGAUUUAAACAAGAUUUUGAUUGUAACUCAGACACCACCUUACAUGAGAAAACAUCCUGGAGGAGAUCGAACAGGCAACCACAUAUCUCGGGCAAAAAUUACAUCUGAACUUGCUAAAGUUAUCAAUGAUGGCUUAUAUUAUUAUGAGCAGGAUUUGUGGAUGGAAGAAGAUGAAAACAAACACACAGCCGUAAAGCAAGAAGUUGAGAACUUUAAGAAGCUAAAUCUCAUUAGUAAAGAGCAGUUUGAAAACCUAACACCUGAACUUCCUUUUGAGCCAAACCAAGAAGUUCCUGUAGCACCUUCACAGUCCAGGCAAGAUUUGACUGAUGAAUUAGCUCAGAAGUUGUUUGAUGUUUCAAAAAUGUCUUCAGCAACAAUGGCCCGUUCAUUACCCACAGUAGUUCCAGAAUCUCCUAGAAUUUAUCCUGCAAGGACACCCAAAACACCUCGAACACCUAGAUUACAAGAUCCAAACAAAACACCAAGAUUUUAUCCUGUUGUUAAAGAACCCAAAGCCAUUGAUGUAAAGAGUCCAAGAAAGAGAAAAACAAGACAUAGUACAAAUCCCCCUCUAGAGUGUCAUGUUGGUUGGGUAAUGGAUUCCAGAGAUCAUGGGCCAAGAACAUCCUCUGUCAGCAGUUCAAAUGCUUCGCCUUCAGGAGGUGCACCACUAGUAGGAAGUUAUGGAUGUACUCCUCAUUCAUUCCCAAAGUUCCAGCAUCCUUCUCACGAACUUUUGAAGGAAAAUGGCUUUACCCAACAAGUGUACCACAAGUAUCGUAGAAGAUGCCUAAGUGAGAGAAAACACUUGGGAAUUGGCCAGUCUCAAGAAAUGAAUACCCUCUUUCGUUUCUGGUCCUUUUUCCUCAGAGAUCACUUCAAUAAAACAAUGUAUGAGGAAUUUAGACAACUUGCUUGGGAAGAUGCAAAAGAAAAUUACAGGUAUGGAUUAGAAUGUCUGUUCAGGUUUUAUAGUUAUGGACUGGAAAAAAAAUUCAGACAAGAAAUUUUUAAGGAUUUCCAAGAAGAAACCAAAAAAGACUGCGAAUCUGGUCAGCUGUAUGGAUUAGAAAAGUUUUGGGCUUACCUAAAAUAUUCUCAAUCUAAGACACAGUCUAUUGACCCCAAACUUCAGGAAUACCUCUGUAGCUUUAAGAAGUUGGAAGACUUCCGUGUUGACCCCCCUAUAGGUGAGGAAUUUGGAAGAAAAAGACAUUCAUCUACUUUUGGUGAUGCGAGUAAUCGUCACAGACUUCCAUCUAAUUCCUCUACAAAGUCACCGAGUGCUGCUAAGCCUACACCUGACAAUCAGCUUCGGGUCCCAACAAACCCUCCCAGAAGGAAUACUUCACAGCAGUCCAAUGACAAUUCACGCCAGAACAGUGCUGCCUCAGUCUCAACACAUGGUGAACUGCCUGAGAAAUAGACUCUUAUGAAAGUUGUUUGCCCUUGAAAUCAACAUUUACAUCAGUAUUUAUUGGGGGAAAUCCUCUGAUGUUUAAUUGUGAUAAUCAGAAAAAAGAAAAAGGAAGAAAAAUGGCAGCAUUAUUUUCUAGAAAGAUAAAUUCUAAAAACGUUUUCCCUGAUUUCACGAAUAAGUUUAAUUUUGGUAACCUUUUAUAGAGAUCCUCUAGUAAUACAUUUUGGUCUCAAAUAUAUAUUUGAAAUAAUAUAUUUCAUUUUCAAAGCCAUUGUUUAUAAGAACAGCAUUCCUUAAAUAUAUACAAAAACAACACAAGGAAUGCCUAACAUUUCAGCUCAUACUUCUUAAAGAAGAUAUAGUAUGUUAUAGUCAUCUAUUCUAUAGAGCUUUCUUAAAGAAUCCAAUAACCCCACUGUCAAUUCAUAUUUGAACUUAUCAAAAACAAAGGACAAUUAUGUGUAUGUUUUUUAAAUUCAGAAAAAGAAUGUGAAAUGAUACAUUUGCUUUUCUUUUAGAUUUAUAGUUUAAAGAAAACUUUUUUUUUUUUUUUUUACAAAA